UUGAGACCGCUGGAAUGCUUGAAUUCUGACACAUCAAUAUCAGUGUCUCUACGUUUUAGAAAAGAAGCAUGGCAGCGAAAAGUGGCAAUGACUUUCAGCUUGUUAUUCCUGAAAGAGGUGAAAGGGUUAAGAUUAAUUCGGGAUCUAUUCUCACUGUAUCGUGUCACUUGUCUCCUGGAAUUAGUGCUGCUGACAUGGAGAUCACUUGGUUUGGCGAGAUGUCUUGUAUUUGCACCUAUAAGAGCAGAGAGAUGACACAGGGUGUUGGCUAUGAGGGCAGAGCGAGUCUGUUCAUUCAUGACCUGAAGAGAGGGAAUGUGUCUUUAAGAGUGGCAGAAUUCAGAGAGUCAGAUCUGGGUGUUUACAUGUGCCGGGUCACCAGUAACAAUGAAACACAGCAGAUAACAGUAAAUGUUGUAGAAGAAGUCUCUGCCAUUUUCAAGGACCAGCUCUUCUUUACAGUGAAUUACAAAAUGGGAGAAACAAGCAACAACAGUCAACCUGAGGAUUGCAAGAUUGAAGAGGCAACACACCAAUUAUCAAUCCACUCUGCAUAUCACAGUGCAUCAGGGACAGAUCAGCAUAAGGAUUACGAGGGAGAAGCAGACAAUAAAUUAUCAUCGCAGUACAUCAAAUCAGAUCCAGACAAGCAGUCUGAGGAUUACAGUAUGGGAGCUAAAAGUGAAGAUUUUUUGAGCCAAGCUUCAUAUCACAAUGAACCAAACAAGAGCCAGAACAGGGAUUCCAAGAUGGAUGACUUGAGCAACAAUAGCUUUCAGCUUGUUGUUCCCAGUACACAAGAACCAGAGGCUUCCUUAGGGUCAGAUUUGAUUAUUCCAUGUUACUUGUCUCCUGAAAUCAGUGCUGUUGAUAUGGAGAUCACUUGGUCUAACGACACAGCCUGUGUUUGCCUGUAUAAGGACAAGCAGGUGACAGACGGGGUUUUGUUUAAGGACAGAGUGAGACUGUUCACUCACAAGCUUAGGGAAGGAAAUGUGUCCUUACAAUUGAAAAACUUCAGGCUGUCAGAUAUUGGAAAUUACCAUUGUCAGGUCAUCAGUAAAGACAGAAGUGAGAAGAUAACAAUAAGAGUGAGGAUAAAUCCUGGUGUCCAGUCUAUGAGUCAGUCACCAAUAUUUCCAGAAGAAAAUGAGGAUAAAAGGCCAAGAGCACCAACCAGCAUGUCAAGGCACACUUCACAUCAUGGUGAUUCAGAUCGGAAUGACAGCAGGAGCGUCUCUGAAAAUUUUCAGCUUGUCAUUCCUCAAACAGCCCAAGAAGCAAAGAUUUCUGUGGGGUCUGAAAUCAUUGUUCCUUGUCACUUGUCUCCUGAAAUCUGUGCCAUUGCCAUGAAGAUCAAAUGGUUUAAGGAGACAGACUGUGUUUGCAUCUACAAGAAAGGACAGGUCAUUGAGGGGAGGAGCUACAAAAACAGAGUGAAUCUCAACACUCAUGUACUGGAGAGAGGAGACGUGUCCUUACAUCUAAAUAACUUCGGUGUCUCAGAUGUUGGUGAUUACUUUUGUCAGGUCAUCAGUAAAGACACAACAAACCAGAUUACAGUAGGAGUGAGGACGAAACCUGAAGUCCAACCCGUGAGUCAGUCACCAACAUUUCAAGGCCAAUCUAUUCAGCUAAUGUUGUUUGAGAUAGAUAAAAUAUGGACUGAAGAGGAGACAAACAAAAUGGAUGAAUCUGCUUUAAUGUCAGAAAUUAAAGUGAAUAAUCUGCAGGAGCUUCAACAAAUGUUGAUCAAAGCUUACAGAGAAGGUUGUCUCAACUGGUGUUGAAAGAGACCAGAAUGGACUUGAACAGAGUCUUAAGGCUUAACUCAUAUGCUCAGUUGUUGGACAGAGACAAAGCAAAUACCUUUUUAACAGCUACCUUUCAUUCAAAUGUCAGGUUGAUGCUACAUUUCCUUCUUAAUUUCCUGAAACUUAUUGCAAUCAAUAUUUCUUACUUUUAUUUUACUAUGAUCAUUUUACAUUUUAUUUUAUAACUUAAAAAUUCCAUAUACAUAAUAUAAGGAAUGUAAAAUUGAAAAGGGUACUUACAGUGAAUUUACAAUGUACUUAAUCAAGCUGUUCAGGGUUCUGGGUUAUUUGAUCUGACAAAUAGGUUCUGCAAAGGCAAAUAUCUCUGUUCGUUUAUCAGACAAACAGGUAAAUGGUGACAUACAUGCUGUUUCAUGUGUUUUAGAGCUAUUGUAAGUACUUUAAGCAAUACAUAUAUUAAAAUACAUUUUAAAGCUCAAAAUUAUGGUCAUAUUUAUCCUAAAAUAUUUGACAUGUUUAUUUGUUUGGGCAAAAAUAUAUUGUUCCCUCAGCCAGUCAGUUUUAAGCAUGAAGCUUUGAAACAAGCUUUAUAAACUGAAAAAUCAGAAUGAUUGGAACACACUAAGAAUCAUUUAAAGCUACAAGAAAUUAAGUUUAAAUUAAAAGGACCCUUUUUUUUAUCAUGUUGUCAAAACACUCAUACAAUAGCGAGGGGCCGUUGAUACUCUUUCCUCUCCAAUGACAUUAUCCAAUCAUAACAGUGGCUUAUUACUGAGAAGCCUUAAAGGACACGCCCCUUAAAAAAAACAGG